AUGACUCUCAACGCGAUUCCUCUCCCCUCUCCCCUCUCCCCUCUCCCGUCUCCCGCUUCCCUCCGUCGCUGUCUCCUGUUCGCUUAUCGAGUGCAGCAUCUAGCCAAGGAGCUGCAUCUAGCCAAGGAGCUGGUGCGAUCCCGGAAGGCCAUCAGUCGCAUGCACGAGCAGAAAGCCCAGAUGAAAUCCAUUUCCUCCUCCUUGUUUGCUCUUCCUUUCGCACACCCCCCACCUCCCCUUCCCCCCCCACCACCCCUCACGUCCCCCCAGCAUCUAGUCAAGGAGCUGGUGCGAUCUCCCAAAGCCAUCGCAUCUAGCCAAGGAGCUGGAUCCCGGAAGGCCAUCAGUCGCAUGCACGAGCAGAAAGCCCAGAUGAACUCCAUUUCCUCCUCCUUGUUUGCUCUUCCUUUCGCACACCCCCCACCUCCCCUUCCCCCCCCACCACCCCUCACGUCCCCCCAGCAUCUAGCCAAGGAGCUGCAUCUAGCCAAGGAGCUGGUGCGAUCCCGGAAGGCCAUCAGUCGCAUGCACGAGCAGAAGGCUCAAAUGAACUCCAUUUCGCUUCACCUGGGGGAGAACAUCGCCAUGGCGAAGGUGGCGGGGCACAUGGCGAAGAGCACGGAGGUGAUGAAACUCGUCAGCGGAUUGAUCAAAGUGCCGCAGGUUGCUGGCACGAUGCAAGAAUUAUCCAAAGAAAUGAUGAAGGCUGGAUUGAUCAGCGAGAUGCUGGAAGAGGCAGUGGAUGAUGCUUUAGACACCGAGGAGAUGGAGGAUGAAAUGGAAGAGGAGGUGAACAAGGUGCUUGAUGAGCUGGCAACAGAAGCUACUGCGCAGCUUCCCACGGCGGUGCGGCAAAAGCAGCGGGCGGCAGAGGCAGCAGGGGUGGAGGAGGAGGAUGAGAGGGUGCCUCAGAUGGAGAUGGGGUUGGGAGCGGACGAUGAGGCGGAACUGGCUCGGCUGAAAGCCAAGUACAAGUGA